GGCGCUGACGACAAAUCACCUGCCUUAGACCUCAGGGGCGGAAGCGGAAAAGAGCUGAAAGUCCUGGUUUGGCCUUGGGUUCCGCCGUAGGGGAUGUCCCGUGCGAGUGAGUGAGAUCCUGGGGCCUUACCUACUAGUGGAAUCGGGUGAAGAGACGCCUGCCAGUGCGGGAGGUAGGAAGCUCGAUUCCCCAAAGAAAAGAGCGAGUGGGCAGGCAGCUGCGAGACAGAACCGGAGUGUGCAGGGUCCCUAGAGGCCGGUUCCUGGUCGGUGCUGCUCUCCUGGAAGCCAUGGUACAGGCAGAGCUCAGGGCGAUCCCCAGGUGAGGGCAGCGGCUCUGCCUGGGAUUCCACCGCAAUAGAACCGGGUAGAUGCGGGGUGGGGAAGAAAGAAUGUUGCCUGCACUGCUCCCCAAUAGCACCCUGAGCGGCUACAUUUGCAGGAGCAGCAGCAGAAGAAGACACAGCGCCGGUCCAGGAGGCGGCUUGAGCUGUUCGUAAAGUCGCCCGACAGCUUUUUCUCCGUAGUAUGCGAGUUGACAAAAAGCCAGAGAACAGGGCUCCCCAUUACAAUCUUUUCGAGCUCUUUUCCCUUGCUAACCGGAUCUGAUUGUGCGAAAACAUGCCUUGCACUUGUACCUGGAGGAACUGGAGACAGUGGAUUCGACCUUUAGCAGUGGUCAUCUACCUGGUGUCCAUAGUGGUUGCGGUUCCCCUAUGCGUGUGGGAAUUACAGAAACUGGAGGUUGGAAUACACACCAAGGCUUGGUUUAUUGCUGGAAUCUUUUUGCUGUUGACUAUACCUAUAUCACUGUGGGUGAUAUUGCAACACUUAGUGCAUUAUACACAACCUGAACUGCAGAAACCAAUAAUAAGGAUUCUUUGGAUGGUACCCAUUUACAGUUUAGAUAGUUGGAUAGCUUUGAAAUAUCCCAGCAUUGCAAUAUAUGUGGAUACCUGCAGAGAAUGCUAUGAAGCUUAUGUAAUUUACAACUUUAUGAGAUUCCUUACCAAUUAUCUAACUAACCGGUAUCCAAAUCUGGUAUUAAUCCUUGAAGCCAAAGAUCAGCAGAAACAUUUUCCUCCUUUAUGUUGCUGUCCACCAUGGGCUAUGGGAGAAGUAUUGCUGUUUAGGUGCAAAUUAGGUGUAUUACAGUACACAGUUGUCAGACCUUUCACCACCAUCGUUGCUUUAAUCUGUGAGCUGCUUGGUAUAUAUGAUGAAGGGAACUUUAGCUUUUCAAACGCUUGGACUUAUUUGGUUAUAAUAAACAACAUGUCACAGUUGUUUGCCAUGUAUUGUCUCCUGCUAUUUUAUAAAGUGCUAAAAGAAGAACUGAGCCCAAUCCAACCUGUUGGCAAAUUUCUUUGUGUAAAGCUGGUGGUUUUUGUUUCUUUUUGGCAAGCAGUAGUUAUUGCUUUGUUGGUAAAAGUUGGCGUUAUUUCUGAAAAGCAUACAUGGGAAUGGCAAACUGUAGAAGCUGUGGCCACCGGACUCCAGGAUUUUAUUAUCUGUAUUGAGAUGUUCCUCGCUGCCAUUGCUCAUCAUUACACAUUCUCAUAUAAACCAUAUGUCCAAGAAGCAGAAGAAGGCUCAUGCUUUGAUUCCUUUCUUGCCAUGUGGGAUGUCUCAGAUAUUAGAGAUGAUAUUUCUGAACAAGUAAGGCAUGUUGGACGGACAGUCAGGGGACAUCCCAGGAAAAAAUUGUUUCCCGAGGAUCAAGAUCAAAAUGAACAUACAAGCUUAUUAUCAUCAUCAUCACAAGAUGCAAUUUCCAUUACUUCUUCUAUGCCACCUUCACCCAUGGGUCACUACCAAGGGUUUGGACACACUGUGACUCCCCAGACUACACCUACCACAUCUAAGAUAUCUGAUGAAAUACUUAGUGAUACUAUAGGAGAAAAAAAAGAACCUUCAGAUAAAUCCGUGGAUUCCUGAACAGUAUGGAAAAGCGAACUGUGCGACUACUAUAUUGUAUCAUUACCUGGAAUCCCAUGGAUUUUGUGCUUGGGACAAACCAUAAAUGAUGGAAACUGUCAACACAAAAAUAGCUGCAAGCCAGGUACAACUACUGAAUUUAUAUAUGUAAGUUUUGUAUAUCAAAAAUAAUUGGUCUAAAUUUCCUAGACUUAGACUUGAUUUCUUAACAUUAGAGUAUCACAUACUCAAAUGGUAGACAAUGACCCCAACUAAAUUUUCCUGAUGUUACACUGCUUUAUCAAGAGGAUGGACUUUUUUUUUUUGGAGACGGAAUCUUGCUCUGUCACCUAGGCUGGAGUGCAGUGGCGCAAUCUCGGCUCACUGCAAGCUCUGCCUCCCGGGUAAACGCCAUUCUCCUGUCUCAGCCUCCCGAGUAGCUGGGACUACAGGCACCCGCCACCAUGCCCGGCUUUUUUUUUUUUUUUUUUUAAGUAGAGACAGGGUUUCACCGUGUUAGCCAGGAUGGUCUCGAUCUCUUGACCUCGUGAUCCACCCACCUCGGCCUCCCAAAGUGCUGGGUUUAUAGGCGUGAGCCGCUGCGCCCGGUUGAGAAUGGACUUUUUUUUAAAAAAUCAGUACUUCCUACCACUGCUGCAUGAGUAUAAUGCUCCGGAAUUAUCAGAAAGCAUAAUGCAGAAAUACGAAUUAGUGGAACUUAAUCAUGUGCCAUAUAAGCUUACCUAACAAGCAGUUAUAUCUCUUAUUUCUCAACUGAAUGUCUUUCAAUAAAUAAGAAUUUAUCAUUUAUUUUCUGCAACUUUUUUAUGUCUCAUUCUUUAAACAUUAAAAAACCUUAAUAUUUUAACAAUUUUUGAUUAGAGGCACAGUGAAAAAGAAGUCAAAAAAUGUACUACUUUUCGUCAAUGCUAUUAAAGGUGGCAGCAAAUGUAAA